AUGGAGAGUGGUGGUAACGAUGGGUUUGGGGGAGAUGAGAUCUCCCUAUUAACAGAGGAACUUAUUCAACUAUCGGUCAAAAGUUCGAUGGUGGAGCCAAACGGCAACUCUUCUCUGAUAUGUUCUAUAUGGACAAAGAAAUCUUAUAACCAGGAUAGUUUCAAAGCACAGAUGAUAAGUAUCUGGAAAACAAGGAAAAAAAUUGAGAUUCAAGUGGUAGGACAAAACCUUUUUUUGAUAGCGUUUGAACUAGAAGAAGACUUCGAGACUGUUCUGGAAGGUCAGCCAUGGUUGUUUAGGAAACAAUUAAUUCUCUUUGAUCGAUUGAGUAAACCAAUGGCGAGAGAUCAAAUUAGACUUGUUUCAUCUCCAUUUUGGAUUAAAAUUGGGCCUUGUUUACCAGAGUUUGAUAAAAAAGAUCUUCUGCAUGCUAUAAGAGUCACUUUUAGAGGGGUGCUCAGAUCUGAAAUACUGGGUGAGUUUUGUCAUCUCAGAGUGAAGUUAAAUGUGCAGAGACCCCUUCGCAGGGGUAUUUUUAUUUCAAUAGGGAAUAGAAACAAAUUUUGGAUCCCAUUCAAGUAUGAAAAGUUGCCAACUUUUUGCUUUGGGUGUGGAAGGUUGGGGCAUGGCCUUCAUGAUUGUACAAAAAUUACACCUGUAGAGAAAAACAGAUUAGAGAGGAUCCACCUUUUUUCUUUGGCAUUAAAAGCAGAAUUAAAUUUGGUUGGAAGGGAGAGUCUAAAGCUAAAUGCUCUAGCAAAAAAACUACAAACUCAAUGCUCGUAUGUAGGAAAUAUUACAGGGAAUCAGGAAGAGUAUUUAUACAGUGAACAAAGUAGUGGUAUGAUGAGAGGAGUACAAGAUGGUGCUUGGUUGACAACAACAGAAACAGAUUUAGAGAUACAACAAGAAGAAGGAAUCAACGAAAGAAACAGUGAGAACAAUAACACCAAUAUAUUGAAUUCAGUCAAGAAAGCCAGUUGGAAAAGGAUGAAAUCAAUGGGAGUGAUGAGGAAUCAUGAGAUAGAUCACAAAUUGCAAAAAAGGAAAUUGGCAGAGAUCAUAUAG